GGGCUCUUCACAUGGUGUCUGGCCCCACAACUCUACCUUGGCUUGGCUUGGAGCCAUGAGUCAGCUUCAUCUCCACCCAAGCCAAAUCAAACCUGAGGCAGGAGCCGAAACUCACAGUCCCUCAAAGCCUAUAGCCAGGUGAUGGAGGACGAGGAGAAGGCAGCGGAGAGCUUGAUGAGCAACAUGGAAGCUGCUCAUUCUCCAUCGCCUAUCCACUGCUGCUGGCUCCGCCUCCGCUACUUGGCAGCUACUAGCAUUAUCUGUGGCUGUUCUUGCCUGGGAGUCAUGGCUCUUGUGUUUGCCAUCAAGGCAGAAGAGCGGCAUAAGGCAGGCCAGUCGGAGGAGGCCAUGUACUGGGGGGCCAGGGCCCGGAGACUCAUUCUGGCCAGUUUUGCUGUCUGGUUUGCUGUCCUUGUUCUGGGUCCCCUGCUGCUGUGGCUACUCUCCUACACCAUUGCACAGGCUGAGUAACCCUGGGUGGCCUUUGCUGAGAGCCAGUCAAGACCUGGAUCCAGUCCAACAGCGCGGCAGUGCUCAGUUCUGGUGACAGGAGUGGUUCGUGGUUCUUCCUGUCUGGAAGGAUGUUGCCUUUCUCGGGAGCCAUUGGAAGAGCUCAUCUAGGCUAUUCAAAGCACCUGAGACUUCACGGGGAGGUCAGCCUGCUCUGUUCUUUCAUUACCCUCUGCUUUGUCUCCCCUGCCCCUCCAUCCUAGGAGCCUCCAUUCAGAGAAAGGGUUGAAAACCAGGCUUGAUUUUUAUUAGAAGUUGUUUUGUAAUAAAAACCUUUUUUGGUGGUGAAA